GUUCAAAGUGAAACAUGAAAAGGAAAAUUCUGGAAAUAAGGUGCAACUGUAAAUUUUAAGUUCUACUGAAUGAUGACAAAUUCAGACUUUUGAUUUCAAAAUGAAGAAGCUCUUUGAAAAAGCCAAACUAGAGUAUAAGUUCAAGAAGGCUGGCGAGGGCCACACCUUGGAAGGUGAUAGCAGGCCUUCUUCAAGACAGCAAGCCUCAACUUCACAGAUGCCAACUGCUAGAACAGCACCAAGCUCAGAUGCACAAAGAGCAGGGCUGGCUGCUUUGGAAAGGAUGUCUGUUCAUGAAAAAAAUGCUGUGAAGAAACCAAAGUCUGCUACAGCCACCUGGAAACAUAGUGGACCAACGUCAUCAACUUCUCAAAGUGCAAGCACAGAAAAUGCUCUUAAUCUGAAUCAGCUCAAGAGAGAAGUGAGACAGGAGAUGGCAUACCAAGGGGCUAGCCAGGCCAGAGAACUUCAAAAGAGCCUUCAGUCUACUGCUGAGCCAACUGAAGUAGAUUGCUCAACUGUGCUUGCCCAUGAAGGAGUAUACUUCAGCUGUCCUCUGUGCCCAGUCACAGCUUUACAAAGUGAAAUAGAUGCACACCUUUCUGAUUGUCUUCAUAAGCAUUAUCAUGAAGAAUCCUUGACUUCCUCUUGCUCAAUGAUAUACUCUCUUAACAAAGAUAAGGAAAAGGUGAAGGCGUGUGUUGACUUACUCUGUAGAUACCUUGACAACGUUUGUAAGAACCCUGAAGAGGAAAAGUAUCAAAAAAUAAAACAAAGCAACAAAAUAUUUCAGGAGCGCGUGGUGCCCAUCAGAGGGGCUGCUGAAUUCCUUCUCGCCUGCGGUUUUGAAGAUAAAGUUCUUUCAGUAGAAGAUUCCGAAGAGAAGUUUUUUGUUUUGCCAAAGGAGGCGUGUGCUGACUGCGAACGACUGAAGGUAUUCAAAGAAGUCUUGGUCAGCAGUGAAGCUUUGAAGCCAAAACUCGAUCGAUGCUUAAAGGUCUACAAGCCAAGCAGUCAAGCUAGCCAUUUUGAAGUCCCCAGUGAUUUCUUUACCAAGAGUGCUGAUGAAGUCAAAAGGGAACAAAUAGCAAGAACCGAGGAAGUUGAACGCAAUUCUCAGCUCAGAACUCGCGCUAUGCGUGAAGCAGAGAAGCGUCCAUCCAAGAUCUACCGUUUCACUUUGUUGCGGGUUCGAUUUCCUGACGGCAUCAUCCUACAAGGAACAUUUUAUUCCCGAGAAAAACUUCGGGAUGUGUUCGAGUUUGUUCGGCAGUCACUCGUGUCCGACUGGCAGCCAUUUGUCUUGUCCGAGGCGACAAGACAAUUAACAGAUGACAACGCUUCUCUGAUCGACUUAGGUUUGGUCCCUGCUGCUGUGGUGACUUUCAAGUGGGACCCGAAUGUUCUGAAGGAUAUUUUAGCUGCUCAAGGAGAAGUGGACGAGAAUGUGUUCCUGAAACCUGAGCUUCUACAAAGAGUACAAGAACUAAGCUAGAAUACAAUAAUUGAGGAUUUAAAGAGGAUUAUUAUUGUUGAUAUUUAAACUGAAAGUAUAGCGAAAUCUUUUGUCAAAUUCACAGACAUAUAUGGUCGAAUCCUUCUCCACAUCAGCAAAAUAUGGCACAGAAUAAAGUGGCCGUUGUAGAGAGGUGGCAGUAAUUAGGAUUAUUAGUUUAGAUUGGACUACGAGUACGAAUUUGAAUACGAGAACGAUUCUCGCUCUUGGUGUUGGUUUAAGUAGAGAGGGUAGCUUAUGGGAUGAGAUGGGUAUGUGAUGUGAUAAUGUGAAGCCUAUAGACUAGAAUUGAAAAGUCACUCAAAUCUCAAGUCCCCUAAUGAAGGACAAAUUUAAGUUCAUGCGAGUUUGAGGCGGCGAAAUUUGAGUUUGACAGGGUGCGAAAUUAAUUUAACGUACAUUGUAGGUUUCGCUGUUCCACGAAGUUUAACUCAAGACAGCGAAAACGUGGCGACAUUAAAUGCUAGGUUGGAAUAUUUAAAAUAUUCGGAAUAUUUCUUUAAAUAAGAGGAAACCAAGGGACAACUUUCCCACACGAAUACAAGCAUUUUUCUUUAGUCUUGGAAAGCCAAAAUCAUACGCUCAAAUAUGUCGUCUUCGGGGAGCCAAACGUGAGGACAAGUUUUGUCUUUUACUCGGACAAAUGUUAAACGUUUUGAAGAGAAAGGAAAUAUUUCGUUUAUCAUGCAUUGAUUUGUUUUCAGUUUCUUCUAAAUGUAAAGACCAUAAGAUGUAGCUUAUGUAGGGCGAAUAGCAGUCUUCCGGUAAAAACGAAGCAUUCCAUGUAAAGAGUAAUAGAGUGUCCAAGAUA